GCAGAGAAAGACCAAAACAAUUACGGACGAUAGCCACAAAGCGGACGUGGAAAAUCUGUGAAAAUUUUUGGUAAAUCGCGUGCGGGCGCAUUGAAAAAUGGUGCUGCGAUCGGGUAUCAUAAUUCCUUUUCAGUUUCGUGACACGAAAAAGCUGCUGAUGAUAGGCGUGCCGGAGGAGAACCGCAACCUCAACAUCUGGGACCUGAAGAACGUGGUGCGCGCCGCCUUUGGCAUCUACAAUUUUGAGUUUAGAAACAAAAAGAUCGGCUUCAACAUACCCGACGAGUUGCUGCUUCAUUACCUGGCCCAGCGACACGACCUCACCAACUUCGUUAUAGAGAUCAGCCAAGUGUACGAUGACAACUAUGUGCUGAACCGGCAGUGCCGUUGCUCGGAUCAGAAAAUGCUCAACGAUUCGCCCACGCCUGAGGAGCCCACCAAUCUGUGCCAGCCCAGCAGUGCCUUGGAUGUGGCUUCGGCGGCUGCUGCAACUACUCCUCUCAUGACUCUGCCGCCCUGCGACGACGAGGAGCAUGAUCACAUGGUCGACCACGAUCACGAGCACGAGGAGAGCAUCAAGUAUCGGAUUGACAAGGCCAGCAGCGGUGCUGCCUCUGCGGAGCUGGGCAUGCCCGCCUACGAGGCCUGCUCGCCCAAGAUGGACUAUGAUACGCAGGACGAGCUGCCAGAUUCGCCGCACUCGCAACCUUUACCCCCACCGCCUUUGGCUUUAACUGCGGCUCUGCCUUUGCCACCGCCGCCCACCUCCCAUCACCACCAGCAUUUGCAUCAGCAGCAGCAGGAGGAGCAGCAGCAGCUCCUGCAAGAGCGCAUCCAGCAUGAGUACAUGAUUCAGCAGCAGCAGCAGCAUCAGCAUUUGCAGCAGCAACAGCACUUGGCCCUCCUGCACCAGCAGGAGCAGGAACAGCAGCAUCAGCAGCAGCAGCAGCAUCAGCAGCAGCAUCAUCAUCAGCAGCAGCAGGGAGUCAACAUGGCCAUGGGCACCACUACCACCAACAAUAUACGACAACGAAAGGAGCGCAUGUCCAAGCGGCAGAAGGAGCUGUAUGUGCACUUCCUGCAGCAGCAUCAGUUCAUCAACGACCAUCGCCGCAACGACCCCGUGCUGGAUCCUUACUGGCUGAAACUGGCGAACCUACUAAACGCUGUGCCCCAGGGCGCCGUCAAGCAUGUGACCGAGUGGAAGCAGACCUUUGAUAACUGGCGAUAUCGCAUCUUCCUCUACGCCCGGUACAAUUCCAAGUUGCAGGACGAGGAGGCCCAGAAUCCGCGCAACUUUAAGCCACUGACACGAACCGAUAAGCAGGCGUACAUUAUGUGGAUACGGAAUCCGGAUACAGCGCCACCUGACCUGGACAAGAUGCGCAAUGUCUUUUGCAAUCUGGAAGAGACGGCAGCAGCGGCAGCAGCAGCGGCGUCGCAGCAGGAUUAGAUGUUACAUGGAUGUUCGGGAUUGCCAUUAUCAUAGUUGUACAAUUUUUGCAAACAAAUCACUAUUUUUGUCUUUGUUUUUUUCGGUUUUCUCUAUAUUUGUGUCGUGUUAAUCGUGUGUCGCUGUUUUUAUAUUCCUGUUUUGGGAAAGCAUUUUCCUUUUAGUUUUUGUUUUUUGUCUUUGUUAUGCUUUUAUGAGAAUGUAUAUUAAACAAGUGUUUUUUUGAAUGAAUUUUCGACGAGUGCUUAAUUUAGACGG